AUGGGUGAGGAUAGAUCAUAUAAGAAGCAGAAAGUAGAAGACUCGAAGGCGGAGGAAGUGGCCGAGGCUGCAGAGGAAUCGUUGAGAUUGCAUCCACAUCCUAGGGAACGCACACCUUUAGUGCACCACGAUGAUGGUGAAUUUUCCAAUCUUACGAGACAUACAACAACAUCGUUACAGGCCUCAAAAUUGGAGGAUGGGCCAAAGAACCCAUUCAGCGGGAAGCAGCUUAGCUCCAAAUACUUUGAUAUCUUGAAAGUGAGAAGGGAUUUGCCGGUGCAUGCGCAGAGAGAGGAAUUUUUGAAAAUGUUUCAAAGCACACAGAUAAUGGUGUUUGUAGGUGAAACUGGUUCUGGUAAGACGACUCAGAUUCCUCAGUUUGUACUCUACGAUGAUAUGCCUCAUUUGAUGGGCACACAAGUGGCAUGUACGCAGCCUAGAAGGGUUGCAGCCAUGUCUGUGGCCAAGAGAGUUGCCGAUGAGAUGGAUGUUGAAUUGGGAGAAGAAGUGGGUUACAGUAUUCGUUUCGAGAACAAGACAAGUAACAAGACCAUAUUGAAGUAUAUGACUGAUGGUAUGUUGUUAAGAGAGGCCAUGGAUGACCAUGAUUUGACCAAGUACUCAUGUAUAAUAUUGGAUGAAGCGCACGAAAGAACUUUGGCCACCGAUAUUUUAAUGGGUUUGUUGAAGCAGGUGAGUGUGAGAAGACCAGACUUGAAAAUUAUCAUUAUGUCUGCUACUUUGGAUGCAGAAAAAUUCCAAAACUAUUUCCACAACUCUCCGUUAUUAGCGGUCCCAGGUAGAACAUUUCCUGUUGAGAUCUAUUAUACCCCUGAGUUCCAAAGGGAUUAUAUGGAUGCUGCCAUCAGAACAGUGUUACAAAUCCACGCUACCGAGGAUGAAGGUGACAUCUUGUUGUUCCUUACUGGUGAAGAAGAAAUUGAAGAUGCCUGCAGAAAGAUUUCCUUAGAGACGGACGAAUUAAUUAGAGACCAAGGCUGUGGUCCUUGUGCUGUUUACCCAUUAUAUGGUUCAUUACCACCUCACCAACAGCAAAAGAUUUUCGACCCUGCUCCUGAACCUUUUAGACCUGGCGGAAGACCAGGGAGAAAGAUUAUUAUUUCUACUAACAUUGCCGAAACUUCGUUGACCAUUGACGGAAUUGUCUAUGUGGUUGACCCUGGUUUUUCCAAGCAAAAGGUUUACAAUCCAAGAAUCAGAGUUGAAUCGUUAUUGGUGUCGCCAAUUUCAAAAGCAUCUGCGCAACAAAGAGCUGGUAGAGCUGGUAGAACUAGACCUGGUAAAUGUUUCAGAUUAUACACAGAAGAGGCGUUCCAGAAGGAAUUGAUCGAACAAUCGCACCCGGAAAUCUUGAGAAGUAGUUUGGCAUCCACUGUAUUGGAAUUAAAGAAAUUAGGAAUCGACGAUUUGGUUCAUUUCGAUUUUAUGGAUCCUCCAGCACCUGAAACCAUGAUGAGAGCUUUAGAAGAAUUGAAUUACUUACAAUGUCUUUCAGAUGAAGGUGAUUUAACCGCAUUGGGAAGAAUGGCCUCACAAUUCCCAUUAGAUCCAAUGCUUGCAGUCAUGUUGAUCGGAUCACCUGCCUUCAAAUGUUCCAACGAAAUCUUGAGUAUUGUUGCAUUAUUGUCUGUGCCAAACAUCUUUGUACGUCCUGCAUCAGCCAGAAAAAGAGCAGACGAAUGUAAGUUAGCGUUCGCUCAUCCUGAUGGUGACCAUUUGACCCUUUUGAACGUUUAUGAAGCGUUCAACUCAGACGAAGCUCACAAUUUGGGCUUGCAUCAAUGGUGCCGUGAUAACUUCUUAUCGUACAGAUCUUUGUUGUCUGCCAGAAGUGUCAGAUCUCAAUUGCAAAGAAUUAUGGAAAGAUAUGAUUUGGAGCUUGUUUCCACCGACUUCGAAGAUAAAAGCUACUGGACCAACGUCCGUAAGGCCCUCGCAGCCGGGUUUUUCAUGCAAGUUGCAAAAAAGAAGUCGGGAAAUAAGGGUUACUUGACCAUCAAGGACAACCAGGAUGCAUUAAUCCACCCUACCACCGUGUUGGCUUCCGAAAGUGAAUGGGUCAUCUACAACGAAUUCGUCUUGACGUCCAAAAACUACAUCAGAACUGUCACUUCGGUGAAACCAGACUGGCUUGUUGAAUUGGCCCCUAAUUACUACAACUUGGAGCACUUCUCAAAGGGUGACGUCAAAUUAUCGCUCGAAAGAGUUAUAGACAGAGUACAAACCAUGAAAAAAUUAGAGAAGAAAAAAUCAAAGAAGUCUAAAAAAUGA